AUGGAUGGACUGGAUGAGGUACAACAUGCACCCAUGACGUUCACAGUCGACAAUGUCCUCAAGGACGUGCCACCUGCCAAUCUUCUGGACAUGGCUUUCAAGGGCUGUACCAGUGAGCACGCCUUCGCUUACGGCUGGGAGAACAUGGUCGAUGAUGAAAAGCCUGGCCAUCGCUCAUGCCUAGGGCCAGCACGAAACAAUCGGAACUCUAUCAAUGGCAGUGUCUGUCGCGCAGAAAACGAUCUCCUACGGACAAUGCGGCUGUACGGCGCAAGGGUGCUCUGGGCGGACGCCAUCUCCAUCAACCAUGCUGACAACGAAGAGAAGAGCCAGCAAGUAGAGCAGAUGCACCAGAUCUACCGCCACAGCCGCAUCACGAGGCUAUGUUUAGGCAGUCUGGGGAGCUUGGACGCCAAAUCAACGGCACCGACCCAUGCCGGGGAAGGCUACAUGUAUCGCCCGUGGAGGUCGGCCGAACGAGAAUAUUUUGACAUCCGAGACCGCUGGUUUGGACCAAGGGAAGAUUGGAAUUUGUACUGCCGAUUUCCCGCCAUCGUGUCUAAUUCUUACUGGAUGCGGCUCUGGAUAAUCCAAGAAAUCCUCCUUUCGCAUCGGCUCCAGGUGCACAUGGUGGAGAAUCACGUAGCCUUCGAUUGGUCUUGGGUCGAUGUCGUGGCCAUGGGUCAAAAGCUCAAACGAACUCGCGAGAUUGCACGCAGUCCAGGGUGGAACAUUAUGGUCUCCCUUAAACUCCAGCGCAAAAAGCCUAGCGAGCGAGAUUUUCCGAUGUUGAUCAGUACUUAUUCUCGGUCUGAGUGUUCCGACAAGCGCGAUCUUGUCUAUGGGCUCAAGAGCCUAGCAGUGGAUUUGGAAAUUCCCAUCGACUACUCCCUAUCGCAUGUCGAGCUCUUCGAGCGGGUCGUCCUCGCAUAUCCCGGUCAACCAGCCGGGAGGUUGGCAGAUCCACUGUGCCGGGCUCUUGAGCUCCGGCAGCAGCCUUACUUCGAGCGUGACCAGCGCUGGUCGAUGAUGGAAAUCCAGCUCUGGGCACUGGGCGAGGUUAUACCGAUCGAAAAGGAUAGUUUGAUUUGCCAUGGUCAUCUUGGUGAUGCUCCCCUUGCCCAGUGUUUCACGAGCGCCCCUUUGAAGCUACUGCGAGAAGGAGAUCUACUCUUCACCUUCCACCCAAACUUCAACAACAUCCAUUCGUUGCCACCGUUCGGCGUUAUGGCGCUCAGGAAAUUGAAUGACGAACCAGGACCAGAGGCUGCGCUGCGUGCGAGUAGACGGCACACUGUCAUUGAAAUGUACGCCUUUCACUCACACAUUCCAAUACGGAUACCGCGGGAAGUGGAGAGGCCGACCAGCGUGACAUGGGAAGGUGCUGAGGCUUAUGAAUUGGGUUGCUCAACUUCUCUGACUCUUCCUCGGAGAAUCACUUUGAGCAUGGCCGUCAAGGACUACAUCGCUGUCGGACAAGACUUUCGCCCUUUUCUCCACAAGAAAGCCAUGGCAUGGGGACGCGGUUUGAGGUUACCGGUGAGCAUCCGCUCUCAUCAAAUGGAACAACAGGUUCAGCGUAAGAGAAGGACACAGUAUCGACAGCAGGCAUACAGGCAGGUGCAGAGAUCUGUCAUCACUGGGGAUUUAGAUCCGUAUCCAGCUUCGGGGACAGAAAAUCCACCUUGA